AUGAGGAGACGGUACAUUGUCGCAAUUUGGCUUGUUCUGGGUUUGACUCUAAUGACUAUUUUAAUGUAUAAUAUAUUUGGUGUGUCAAAACUUAGUAACAUGAAAACAACAUUUGGUGUGUCAAAACGUAAUAACACGAAAACGACAGAUUGCAAUUGUAUUAAAAUAAGGACUCCAGACGAACCUACCAACAUAACCUCUCGUGAUACAAAAGAAGAAAAAAUGUCUACACACAAAGAAAAUACAGACACCAAUAAAGCAGCGGAACAGAGACAUUAUGGUGAACCAGGUUAUGUCUUUGUAGGAACCAAACGUAUGAAUAUGUUUCCGAAAACAGUAAAUCAAUCCGAUUUAGAUUUUUCAAAUUAUUUUUCUGACGCCGAAGUGAAGAAAAGAAAUUUAGUAUUACUAGGAGGUGUAAUGAAAUGUGGAACUGGUACAAUGAAAACUUUCUUGAAAGAACAUCCAUCCAUCAGAGACGCAGUUGGAUUACAAGUAUUCUUCACGUAUAAUUUUGGUAUACAAUGGUAUCUAAAGAGAUUACCGAAAUGUAAAGAGAACGAAUGGGCAUUCACACGAUGCACAAACUGUUUUAUGAAUACUGAUUCAUUGAGUUUGAUAAACAAUAUUAACGAAUUAAUAGGUAAACGGCUGAAACUUCUAUUUAUCAUUAGAAACCCAGUUGAGCGAAUGAUAUCACAUUACACACAGUUAAAAGCAGGUAACAAAACACUACUCCCACCAAUUGGACAUUGGAUCAAAGAACAGAUAAGCAAUCCAAAUACAAGUGGGGCGCUUCAGAAGACAAGAUAUAUAGAUUACUUUCCCGUUUGGUAUAGAAUGGUCGGAGACAAAAACAUAUUGGUAUUAGAACACGAAGAAUUCGUCAAUACGCCAUGGAUUGCAAUGCAAAGGGUCGAAAAACAUUUAGGUCUCAAUCCAUUUUUCAAUGAAAAUUCUUUUCUACUGAGAAAAGCUGGUAAAUAUUAUUGCUACAAAACAAAAGGCCCACAGAUGGAAGAAUGUUCCCAUAAUCCUAACAGCAAGGGGCGUAUUCAUGUUGACAUUACCGAAAAAGAGCGCACAAUUCUGAGAGAUUAUUUUCGACCUUUCAAUGAACGAUUAUUCAAGUUUCUAAAUGUGCGUUACAAAUGGGAAUGAUAAAACUUUUGAAAUACAGAGAUUAGGCUGGAACAGAAAUGAGGUGUAAAGGGCAUCCAAAUAAAUCUAAGUUGUUCCAGUCAAUAUAUAUACUACGUGUACUCUAACAAUUUCGAGAAUACAACAUCAUAGUUAAGAGAAAUGUGUCAAAAAAAUUAAAAAAUGAGUUUUUAAAGGCUAUCAGUGUAAUAUUAUUUUUGUAAACAUUUCCGGAUAUUACAUGCAUGUUUUAGUACCACUAAAUACUGUAACACUAUAGAUUGAAAUGGAGUUUCUUAAAUGUGUAAUAAUAUGAGGAGUGGACCUGAUAUUAAGUGUUAGAGUGCCACUGUUAUAAAUUCUGUAUCCAAUCAUUUAAAUGAAUAAUACCAUAAUGAAUAAAUAGAUAAAUAAAUAAAUUCCAAUUCAAAAA